AUGCAACUAGCAAACACCGAACUUGAUUAUCUGGACAUAGAAAUACUGUUAAAACAAAUCGAAAUCAAUCGGAGUCUUACUAAUAUUGAUCUUUCCCACAAUCGAAUACGUGAAGAAGCCGCUAAAGCCUUGGCGGAUGUAUUAAAAUCCAACAAAACUAUUAUUAAUCUUCAACUUGUCUCGAACCAAAUAUAUGACAAAGGAGCUGAAGCAUUGGGGAAUGCAUUAAAAGUCAAUAAAACUUUGACAACUCUUAAUCUUGGAGACAACGGAAUAUCUGUCAAUGGAGCUGAUGCAUUGGGUGAUGCGCUGAAAGAAAAUCAUACUCUUACUAAUCUUAAUCUUGCAUACAACCGAAUAUCUCACGAAGGAAUUGAAGCAAUCAUGAAUGCGUUAAAAGUCAAUCAUACUCUUACUAUUCUUAAUCUUGCACUCAACGAAAUAUCUGACAGAGGAGCAGAAGCAUUCGCUGAUGCAUUGAAGGUCAAUCGAGCACUUAUUAACCUUGAUCUGCAUCGAAACCGCAUCACCGAAAAAGGAGCUGAAGCUCUCGCUGAUGGAUUAAAAGUAAAUCAAACUCUCACUACUAUUAAUCUUAGCUACAACAGAAUAUUUGAUCCAGGAGCCAAAAUACUGGCUGAUGCAUUAAAAGCUAACCAAACUCUUAAUACUAUUUACCUUAAGUCCAACAUUAUAUCUGAUAAAGAAGCUCACGCGCUCUCAGAUAUGUUGACUGUCAAUCAAACUCUUACUACUCUUCAUCUUGGAGAAAACCAAAUAUCCGACAAAGGAGCUGAGGCACUCGCUGAUGCAUUGAAAACUAAUCAAACUCUUACUACGCUUCAUCUCCACACGAAUCAAAUAUCUGACAAAGCAGCUGAAGUACUGUCAGACAAACCAAAAGUCAAUCAAAUUCGUACAACUGUUACCCUUAGAGAUGACCAAAUGUUUGAAAAUGAAGCUAAGGCAUUUGCGGAUGCAUUUCGACACGAUCCAACAAUUACUUCUCUUCAUCUUGCAGAUGACUCAAUGUUGGACUUUGGGAUUCAAGCACUCGCUGAAGCGUUAGGAGUCCGUCCAACUCCUACUGUACCUAACUUUCCGUCGGACCGAAUUUCAGACAUACAAAAUGAAUUCUUUGCGGACAAAUUGGAAGCCCAUAAAAUUCUGACUACUCUUAAUCUUGAACAUAACGAAAUAUCUGAUAAAGAAGUCCAAGCAAUCGCAGAUACAUUAGAAGUCAAUAAAACACUUACUACCCUCAAUCUUGCACGCAACCAAAUAUAUAACAAAGGCGCACAAGCACUCGCCAUUGCAUUGAAACGCAAUCAAACUCUUACUACUCUUGAUCUUGCACACAACCAAAUAUCUAACAAAGGCACUGAAGCACUGGCUGAUGCAUUGAAAAUCAAUCGAACUCUUACUACCCUUAACCUUAGUUGCAACAGCAUAUUCGAAAGAGGAGCCGAAGCACUCGCGAAUGCAUUGGAAGUCAAUUCACUUCGUACUAGUCUUGAUCUUGGACACAACGAAAUAUCCGACAAAGGAGCUCAAGCAAUCGCGGAUACACUGAAAGUCAAUCAAACUCUUAGUACUCUUAAUCUUGCACGCAACGAAAUAUCUGACAAAGGAGCUAAAGCACUCGCUAUUGCAUUGAAAGUCACUCAAAAACUUACUUUUCUUGACCUUCAGAACAAUCAUAUAUCUCACAAAGCAAUUCAAGCAUUCGGUGAUACAUUGAAAGUCAAUCAAACUCUCACUAUUCUUGACCUUGCCACGGACCAAAUAUUUGAGAAAGGAGCAGAAACAAUCGGGAUGGCAUUGAAAGUCAAUCAAACUCUUAUUACUCUUGACCUCAGCUCAAACAACAUACUAGACAAAGGAGCUGAAGCACUUUCCGAUACACUGAAAGUGAAUAAAACUCUUACUACUCUUCGUCUUUGGUACAACCAAAUAUCCGAGAAAGGAGCUCAAGCACUUGCUGAUGCAUUGAAAGUCAAUAAAACUCUUACUACUCUUGAUCUUUCAUUGAACAAAACAUCUGACAAAGGAGUUGAAGCAAUUGCAGAUACUUUAAAAAUCAAUGCAGUUCUUACUACUCUUAGUCUUUCGAGCAAUCAAAUAUCUGAAAAAGGAGGUGAGUUACUAGCUGAUGCAUUAAAAGUUAAUGAAACUCUUACUUCUCUGGAUCUUAAAUGUAACAAAAUAUCCGACAAAGGAGCUGACGCACUUGCAGAUGCAUUGAAUGUUAACAAAACGCUGACUACUCUUAACCUUCUAUUCAACAAAAUAUAUGACAAAGGAGCUGAAGCAAUCGCAGAUACAUUGAAAAUCAAUCAAACGCUCACUACUCUUGAUCUUGCAGAAAACCAAAUAUCUGACAAAGGAGCUAAAGCACUGGCUGAUGCAUUGAAGACCAAUCGAACUCUUACCGCUCUUAAUCUAGACGGAAAUCAAAUAACUGAGAAAGGAAUUAAUGCACUGUCUAACGCAUCGAAAUUCCAUCAAACUGUUACUACCCUCUGUAUUUCGCAAAAUCAAAUAUUUGAGAAAGAAGCUGAAGUUCUCGCGAAUACAUUGAAAGUCCAUGAAACUCUUACUACUCUUAAUCUUGAACACAACCAAAUAUAUGACAAAGGGGCUGAAGCAAUCGCGGACGCAUUGAAAGUUAAUGAAACUCUUACUACUCUUUGUCUUAAAGACAACCAAAUAUUUGAGAAGGGAGCUGAAGCCCUCGCUGACGCAUUAAAAGUUAAUCAAACGCUUAGUACUCUUUGCCUUUGGUACAAUGAAAUAUCUGACAAAGGAGUUGAAGCUAUCGCAGAUGCAUUGAAAGUCAAUCAAACUCUUGCGACUCUUGAUCUUUCACAGAACCAAAUAUCUGACAAAGGCGUCCAAGCACUUGCCGAUGCAUUGAAAGUCAAUGAAACUCUUACUACUCUUAAUCUUGAAUAUCUGCUAAUAUCUGACAAAGGAACUGAAGCAAUUGCUGACGCAUUGAAAGUUAAUCAAAGUCUUACUAGUCUUGAGCUUAAAUGGAAUCAAAUAUCUGACAAAGGAGCUGAAGCAUUCUCAGAUACAUUGAAAGUCAAUCAAACUCUUACUAAUCUUAAUCUUGGAAAUAACAUUAUAUCUGAGAAGGGAGCUGAAGCACUUGCCGAUGCAUUGAAAGUUAAUCACACUCUUACUACUCUCUAUCUAGACGGAAAUCAAAUAUCGGAGAAAGGAGCUGUAGCACUUGCGAAUGCAUUGAAAGUCAAUCAAACUAUCACUAGUCUUAAUCUUGCAAACAACUCGAUGUUGGACUAUGAGAUUGAAGCCCUUGCUGAUGCACUGGAAUUCAAUCACACUCUUACUACUCUUCAUCUGAACGGGAAUCAAGUUUCUGACAAAGGAGCUGUAGCACUUGCUGAUGCAUUGAAAGUUAAUGAAACUCUGACUGCACUUUACCUGAGUUUGAACCAAAUAUCUAACAAAGGGGCUCAUGCGUUCGCUGAUGCAUUGCAAGUCAAUCAAGCUCUCACGAUUCUUAAUCUUGAUGGGAACAAAAUUUCUAUGAAAGAAGAGGAAGCACUGGUUGAUGCGUUGAAAGCAAGGGAAAGAAACGUCUCACUUCAUUAG